AUGGCCAGGAACGGCAGCUUCUUGCACACGUACGGCCCAGGCGACCCCGACGGUUACGCGCCGCCGUCGCUCACGCCCAGUCGCCCCGCUCCUCCCGUCCCUCCUUCCGCGUCCCGUGCACCCGCGGGCUAUGCUCCCUUUGCGGCGUCGCAGGGUCCGAAGAGCUUGGCAUCGUCGACGGCGAAUCGGCCCGUCCACGACGCCUCGCCUGUCGCGAGCUCGUCAGGCGCGGCGCAGACAAUCUUGCGGCGAGGAUGGGUCAGCGUCAAGGAGGACGGGCUGCGCGCUUGGCUUUGGAGCAAGAAGUGGCUCGUGCUGCGGGAACAGUCGCUCAGCUUCUACAAGAACGAGAGCGGAGGCAAUGCUUCGACGGUCAUUCAGCUCGCGGAGGUCUCUGCCGUCUCGCGAGAAGACCUGAAGCCGUUCUGCAUCUCCGUCACAACACCAGUCCGAACGUACUACCUCGCCUUGCGGUCCGACAAGGAGCUUUACGCGUGGAUGGACGAUAUCUACGAGCGCUCGCCCUUGAUGGGUGUCUCCAGCCCCACCAACUUUGUCCACCAAGUGCACGUCGGCUUCGACCCGGUCAGCGGCGCGUUUACGGGCCUGCCGGAGCAGUGGACCCGCCUGUUGACGAGCAGCGCGAUCACGAAGGAGGACUAUGCGAAGAACCCGCAGGCCGUGCUCGACGUUCUCGAAUUCUACACCAACAUUCAGAAGCGCGAGCGAGACGAAUUCGGGCUCGGCACGACGAGCAUGGGCAUGACCGACGUAGGUCGCGCCCUGCGCGCCGACCAAGGAGGUCGAGCCGCUGCGGACUCAGGUUCUCGCUUCGAAGCCGGGACCGGUCUGGCAGGAUCGAGCUCAAGCCAGCCACGCAUGCCGUCGCCCGCCAACCACGCGAUAUCUUCCCCCUCGACGUCGACAACAGCGCCUCGACCGUUCCCAGGCCCAGCCCAUGGCCUACCCUCUUUCUCCUCUACCUCCUCAUCGAUCCCGUCUCCACAUUCGCCCGCGUCACCCGUCAUCACUGCGCCGAAGCCUGCGUCCGCCUCGACUCCGGACAGACCAGUACUCUUGCCCGGCCGGCCCGCUCCACCAGCUCCGCCGGGGACCGCACCGUCUCGUCCGCCUCCUCCCAACAACGGAUUGCGGCCUCUGCUUACGACGGCGUCCUCUCGAAGCAACCUGCACGAACCUUCGCCCGCAAACCUGCGUCCCGCGCCUCCCCCUCCAGCAUCUGCACCUCUCCCCGUAGGCGCAAAACCUCUGCGAUUGCUCGCAGGAACGAAUGCAUCCGCAGCGAGCACGGCAGGUGCGGCGUCAGCGACGGCGAGAUCAGGCGGUGACGGGCCGCAAGAACCGAAGACAGGCGGUUCUUCGAAGAAGGUUGACAAGGCGGCUGGCGACCGGCGCAUUUCGACGCUCUCCGAGGCGCAGAUCAUGGCCAAGCUGCGCUCAGUUUGCUCGCCGGCCGACCCGAACGGUCUCUACGCCAAGAUCAAGAAGGUGGGGCAAGGCGCGUCCGGCUCCGUCUUCGUGGCCAAGGUCCUCGCCGACGGUGCCCGCGUCGCGAUCAAGCAGAUGGACCUGAGCCACCAGCCUCGGAAAGAGCUCAUCGUCAACGAAAUCCUCGUGAUGAAGGAGAGUCAGCACCCCAACAUCGUCAACUUCCUCGACUCGUUCCUCGUGGGCGGAAGCGAGCUUUGGGUCGUCAUGGAGUACAUGGAGGGCGGAGCUCUCACAGACAUCAUCGACAGCAACACCCUCCAGGAGGACCAGAUCGCGUGCAUCUCCAACGAGACGUGCAAGGGUCUCCGUCACCUUCACGCCCAGAGCAUCAUCCAUCGCGAUAUCAAGAGCGACAAUGUGCUCCUCGAUGCGCGCGGACACGUCAAGAUCAGCGAGUCAAGCGCCUUUCUUGCCACCGACUUCGGCUUCUGUGCAAAGCUGACCGACCAGAAGUCAAAGCGCGCGACGAUGGUCGGCACGCCGUACUGGAUGGCGCCCGAAGUCGUCAAGCAGAAGGAGUACGGCGCAAAGGUCGACAUCUGGUCUCUCGGCAUCAUGGCGAUUGAGAUGAUUGAGAACGAACCGCCGUAUCUCGAUGAAGAACCGCUCAAAGCGCUCUACCUCAUCGCGACGAACGGGACGCCAACCCUCAAAAAGCCCGAAAAGCUGAGCAAGGAGCUCAAGAACUUCCUCGCCGUCUGCCUCUGUGUCGACGUCAAGUCGCGAGCGACAGCGGACGAACUCCUCGAGCACGAAUUUCUGAAGAAGGCGUGCCCGCCCGCAGCUUUGGCACCGCUGCUACGCUUCCGUAGUACGGCGCGAUGA